UCUGGGGCGCCAGGACCGGACUGCGCUCAGGCUGCGGACGCGGGCGGCGCACGGCAGCGAACGCGCAGGGCGCGUCCGGAGCAGCGCGGACUAGCGCGCGCCCUACCAAGGCGCCGAGCGCGGGGCUGGGCGGUACCGCGGCGGGCGGCGCACCGAGCCUCCCCCAGAGGCGGCCGCAGCCGGGAACGCCCCCGCGGCCCGCUCGGACGGCCAGCGCGCGUGCGCGCCGCGCUGCGUCACAUCCGGCGCCCGGGCCCGAUUCCGGAAGUGGCCUCAGUCGCGGCGGCCGGCGGGCGAUGCGCUGGGGUUAGUGUUUCUCCUCUGCCGGAGGGCUGGACUGCGCGGCAGCGUCAUGGUCGAGGAGGUACAGAAACACUCUGUACACACACUUGUGUUCAGGUCACUGAAAAGGACCCAUGACAUGUUUGUAGCUGAUAAUGGAAAGCCUGUGCCUUUGGAUGAAGAGAGUCACAAAAGAAAAAUGGCAAUCAAGCUUCAUAAUGAGUAUGGUCCUGUGUUGCAUAUGCCCACUUCAAAAGAAAAUCUUAAAGAGAAAGGCCCUCAGAAUGCAACAGAUUCAUACAGUCAAAAACAGUAUCCUCCCAAUCAAGGACAAGAAGUUGAAUAUGUAGUGACAGGGACACAUCCAUACCCACCAGGACCUGGGGUCGCUUUGACAGCAGAUACUAAAGUCCAAAGAAUGCCCAGCGAGUCUGCUGCACAGUCCUUGGCAGUGGCUUUGCCUUCUCCCCAGGCCAGAAGUGAUGCAAAUCGUGCUGCGUCUGGUGGGAGUGAGUACCGACUUCCUGGGGCUUCUGAACGUGCACAGACUACAGGCAUGAAUUCCAUAGUUAUGGAGACUGGCAACACCAAGAACUCUGCACUGAUGGCUAAAAAAGCACCUACGAUGCCCAAACCCCAGUGGCACCCACCGUGGAAGCUGUACAGGGUGAUCAGCGGGCAUCUCGGCUGGGUGCGAUGCAUCGCUGUGGAACCUGGGAAUCAGUGGUUCGUCACCGGGUCUGCUGACCGAACUAUAAAGAUCUGGGACCUGGCUAGUGGCAAGUUAAAGUUGUCACUGACGGGCCACAUCAGCACAGUGCGGGGCGUGAUCGUCAGCUCGAGGAGCCCGUACUUGUUCUCUUGUGGAGAAGACAAGCAAGUCAAGUGCUGGGAUCUAGAGUAUAAUAAGGUUAUAAGGCACUAUCACGGACAUCUCAGUGCAGUGUAUGGUUUGGAUUUGCAUCCAACCAUUGACGUGCUGGUAACCUGUAGUCGGGACUCAACUGCACGGAUUUGGGAUGUGAGAACUAAAGCCAGUGUGCACACAUUGUCUGGACACACAAAUGCCGUGGCUACUGUGAGGUGUCAAGCUGCGGAGCCACAGAUUAUUACCGGAAGUCAUGACACUACAAUACGAUUAUGGGACCUGGUGGCUGGAAAAACGAGAGUGACACUGACGAAUCAUAAGAAGUCCGUCAGGGCUGUGGUCUUACAUCCCCGACAUUACACGUUUGCAUCCGGUUCUCCAGAUAACAUAAAACAGUGGAAAUUCCCUGAUGGAAGUUUCAUUCAGAAUCUUUCUGGUCACAAUGCUAUCAUUAAUACAUUGACAGUAAAUUCCGAUGGAGUGCUCGUAUCUGGAGCUGACAAUGGCACUAUGCAUCUUUGGGAUUGGAGAACUGGCUACAAUUUCCAGAGAGUUCAUGCGGCUGUGCAGCCUGGCUCUUUGGACAGUGAAUCAGGAAUUUUCGCUUGUGCUUUUGACCAGUCUGAAAGUCGAUUACUAACCGCUGAAGCUGAUAAAACUAUCAAAGUGUACAGAGAGGAUGAUACCGCAACAGAAGAAACUCAUCCAGUCAGCUGGAAGCCAGAAAUUAUCAAAAGAAAGAGAUUCUAAUGUGGCAUUGUCUUCAUGGUGGUUUCUCUUUUUCUUUUUUCUUUUUUCUCUUGUUCUUUUUUUUU